AUCUCUUUGACAAUGACGUCAUUUCCUUUAAAUAGUAAGCCUCGUUUGGCUUUAAGACGAGUAGCACUGGGGAUGAGAAUGCGCCUUCCCAGGAUCUCGCGUCGAAAUUUGGCGCCUCUCGCUUGUCCCAGUAGCACCAAAAUGGCGGAUGAAAUGAGUGAGGACGUCCCAGAAGGAGAUUGCGUCAUCAUCCAUGAAAUUUAUGAUUCUGAAGAUGCACGUGAACAGUUUGAAGCAGAUUUGGAACGAGCACUGGAAUCUCAGUGCAGCAUGAUCGUUAUUGAACCAACUAUGAUUGGAGAGGAGACUGCACGCUGGAUUCAAGUAGGAAAUUGUUUGCACAAGACUGCUGUUAUUGCUGGACUUAGUUGUUUUGGGAGUUCUUGGAUGCUGCCCAAAUCCUUCCACGGGCCUGUCAGCUUGGUGUGUGGUGGAGUAAGCAUUUUCUGUGCCGCACUGUAUGGCGUAUCAUGGCAGUUUGAUCCUUGCUGCCAGUAUCAAGUUGAAUAUGACACUAGAAAGUUAGCAAAGUUACCUCUCGGUAGCCUGACAUCGUCAUCUCCAAUUGUCCUUGUGAGGAAAGAUGACAAAUACCGCAAGAGACUUCAUAACUUAGUGGCUGGCUCUGCUUUGAUUUACUGCAGCUGGAAGGCUUAUAACUGGUAUUUUGGUUGAUAUUGUGUGGCAUUUUGGUUGAUAUGGUGUUCAUUUGGUAUGUUCUUUUCAUGACCUGGUACAUGAUGUUACGGGGAUCAAGUCAAUUUAAGUCAUCAAAUAUUGGUGGCAUUAUCAAUUUAGGACAAUCUACAGCUUAUUUAUCAUUUAAUCUGGUGCAGAAAUUGGAAAUAUUUUUUGGCAUUUCAACCCCGAUUAAAGAGUGUUGAAGCAUUUAAUUCCCUAGAGUGAUGAUUAUGUUAUGCACCCUGAGAAUACUGUAUACAUUUGGUUUUACAAGCAGACAAGAAUUGUUGCAUUCUGGAUAUAGUCACGUUAUUCACCACAAAA